GCAAUAAAGCAACAGUAGUUUAGAAAUGAAACAUAAUUGGUCUGGACAACCACUUUUUGUUGAGGCGAGGACAGCUGUGUGUGUCUUUAUUGUGUAUUUCCCCACACAACAAAAGAGGCAGUCUCACCCCACAAGACACUGGACCAUCUCUUCGAAAGGUGCACAUUUUCACAUUUUGCAUGUGGGACUGCGACAGACCUAGAACAUGAUCUGGAUCACUUUAUUUCUGUUUCAUAUUUUUUCUCAUCUUCUUGCAUCAUCAAAUACAACUAUGAAUGCCAGCCAUACUAAUCUCAAUGAACCUGAUAAAUUAACAGAGGAGUUUGUGGAUGGCUCUCAUCAUGGCCAAAAAGAACAUUAUAUCAGAGAUGCAGGCAAGGAUAAGUGCACUAUGCCAUGUGAAAUGACAGCAAAGCUAAUGCGUGAUGAGAAGAAUUCCUUGUGCAUUAACCUACAGCAUACCAUGGUAUCAUAUACUAGAAACACUAGGAAGUUGAUAAGAGAUCUUAUUGAUGAACAGCAGAAGGCCUUGGAAUUUCUCUCAAGUCAAAUUAUGGAGCUUACGGCUAGAGUAAACACACUCAGUUUAGAUGUUCAGAGAAGCAACAGUGACAUCUUUUCUUUGAAGCCUAUGCAUUCCCAUGGGAGAGAUUGUAGUGACAUCAAAGAAACACUAGGUGAAGUAUCUCCAAAAAUCCCUAGUGGAAUUUAUUUAAUUCAGCCAGAAAACACAGAUGUUUCAUUUGAGGUGUUUUGUGAGAUGGAUUAUAUGGAGGUUGGAUGGACAGUAAUACAGAGAAGGACGGAUGGUCUCACAGACUUCAAACGAGUUUGGUCAGAGUACUUGGAUGGAUUUGGACACUUACCAGGUGAUCACUGGUUGGGUUUGAGGAAGGUCUUCAACAUUGUGAGUCAGAAGAACACACGUUUCCAGCUCCAUGUGUCUCUGUUCUCCCAUGAUGAUUCCACAGCCUAUGCUUUAUACGACAACUUCUGGAUUGAAGAUGAAACUAAAUUCUUUGCAAUACACCUUGGCAGAUAUGCUGGUGGUGCAGGUGAUGCUUUCAGAGGGUACAACCAAGAGCAGAACCAGGACACAGCCCCUUUCAGUACCUCUGAUGUUGACAACGAUGGCUGUAUUCCAUUCUGCACUUUUGAUAAUAAAGCUAUUGAGAGCUGCAGUGUGCACCAGAACAACACAGGAUGGUGGUUUAACCAAUGUGGCAAGGCAAAUCUGAACGGCUCACCACUGGACCAAGAUCGCUCCACCCAGUCACAUAUUAAAUGGGACACCUGGACCAAGAAUGGCAUACCUGUCAGAAUUAAAUCAGUGUCUAUGAAGAUCAGGAGAGUUGAUCUACCAAACUAAAAACAUAUUGCUAUAGCAAUGAGCAUCUGAAGAUUAUAGCAUUGAAAUGGAACAAAUUAGCAUUGGUACAAAUGAUGCACUUUUAUUCAAUGAACUUUCACAAACAAAACAAAACAAAAAAAACCAUAUGGCAUUGAGAUUUAGUGACCUGUGCUUUUUAAUCCAGGGUCAGGGUUCAAAAUAUUAAUAUGAAACUUUUUUCAUUUGUUAAGCAUGCAGUUUGGUAGGCUAUAUAAGGCAGUUGUGUCAUUACUAAAUGUUUUAUUAACAUGGAAAGCUCCUAGAUUGGACCAAAUAUUUCCACUUGAAACAAAACUGUCAAACUAUUAGCUUUUAAAAUCUCAGAAGAAAUUUCUGUUGUGUUUAGUUUGCAUGAUUUAACAGCAGAUUUAACUCAAAACAGAAUUAUAGCUUCAACAAAAUACUUUGUCAUACUUACUAGACAAUAAAGCCCAAACACAGGGCAGUCUGUCUCUAAAAAGAUUCACUUUCAUGAAAAUUUGCUCUUAAAUGUCUUAAUUGAUGAAAAUGAAAGUUAAAUAAAACAA